GUUCUGGAAAAUCUACCCUUCUCUCUCUCAUCUUAGGUGAUCAUCCUCGUUCGUUUACAGAAGAUCUACACUUAUUUGGUCGACCACGCGCGGGUCAAGCUACGUCUCAAAUACAAUCCAAUAUAGGACAUGUUUCACCUGAAAUAUUUCAUGCUUUUCCAAGGCAAACAGGACCCAGCAGUUUAACAGCUUUAGAUUGUAUCAUCACAGGAUUUGAAUCAGUUUUCAGUUAUAGAUCAAUUGACUCAACUCAAUCCACGCGUUUAGAUGAAUUGUUAAAAGAAUUCGAUUACCCAGAGUUAUUAAAUCCAUCAUUUUUGAAUAAACCGUUUAAUGAACUUUCAAAUGGAGAACAAUCAUUAAUACUUUUAUUAAGAUCAUUAAUCAAUGAACCUUCCUUAUUGAUUUUAGAUGAACCUUUUGCAGGUAUGGAUGAUGAAAGUUUACAGAAAUCUAAAGAUUAUUUAAAUUUCAAGUUAAAGGAUUGGCAAAGUUUGAUUUUUGUUUCACAUCAAUUUGGAGUUGAAUUACCUGAAUGCAUUGAUCAAUUUGUUACUUUAGAAGAUGGUGAAAUGAAAUUUAUGUAA